UUAUCUGACUGUCGGAAAAAAAACUUCGAACGUGAAAAAUGGAUCGGUAGCUGGGAAAGAUACUUUUAAGCGAAAUACGCAAAGAAAACGGCUUUUGUCCGCUAUUUCAGCGAUUUUUUUUGUGUUGUAAUCAGCAGGAAUAAUUUGUUAACAACGACCAGCCUACACCACCCGUCAGUUCCAGCAGAAAACAACACAAUUAUUGCAAUAGAAUUACUUCUGCACCACACAACACCCAACUAUAGCACAGCCAGCCAAGCCCACAAAGGAAAGGUGAAACGCAAAAAAAAAAUAAUUAAGUCGAAAACCAAAACGGAAUAAAGGAAUAAAUCCAACAAAUUUUGCUUGCUUUGCCGAUGGGAUGAGAGAAAUCAGCAGUCACCCACACCAACAACACUCCAACUACUAAUAAAUUUGACCAAAACCCGUCGUUACGCAGUCGCCAUCAGGAAUACAAUUGCCAAGCCAGCCCAACCGAAAGAAUCAAAUUAAUUCACACACCACACUCGCAUUUCUUGGGAAUUGGAUUAAAAAAAGUAUCAAGCAGAAAAAAUAUUUUCAACCAGCCACCAUUUUGAAUGAGCUGAAGCAACAGAAAGAGCGAGAGCGCAACGCAGCCGAAGCAGCAGCAGCAGCGCUGCUGACAUCAACGCUGUUUCUUGCAGCUGGCGGAGGACCGGACCGGGGAAGCCGUCACAAACCAAACCCCCUUCUAGCCUGUUCUUUUGCGUUGCUACUAUUUUCAUCUAUCGGGAAGCGAAGCCGAAACUGUGCCUGGUGUUCAUUCUUUGGCUACAAAUAGUGUCCAGCGAAAACGUCAACUCCCGAAAAUAUGGUUGAGUUGGAGGAAAAAAAUGCCAGCACAGCUGCUGCAGGUGCGAAGCAACACCAUCUUCGCAACGCCAACGCGGGGAAUGGGAGCAACAACAACCCUAGAGGUUCUGGUGACAGUGGGUUUUGCGGCAGGGGAGUUUCUUCCAGCAACACGGAUAACAGCUGCAGCCAGAGUCAAUCAGACGGCCAAAAUGAGCUGACGCGCUACAGUAGCGAGGAUGUGUCGGGCAAUGAGUCGAGUGAGGCACCCAACAUGACCGAGGUGGAGCGGCAGGUCGAGCUCAACCGGCACAAGGAGGAGAUGCAGAAGAAGCGCCGCAAGAAACGCAUCAGUUCCUCCCUUCAUUCGUCAACGUUUCAAGAACUCUACAAGCUGACCGGCGAAAUACUUGGCGAGGGCGCUUACGCUUCGGUACAAACUUGCGUUAACAUUUACACCGACUUGGAAUAUGCUGUGAAGGUUAUUGAUAAGAUACCGGGACAUGCGCGUGCGCGUGUCUUCCGAGAAGUGGAGACAUUCCACCAUUGUCAGGGACAUCUGGGCAUCUUGCAAUUGAUCGAGUUCUUCGAAGACGACGAGAAGUUUUACCUGGUGUUUGAGAAAAUCAAUGGCGGCCCUCUGCUGUCGCGCAUCCAGGAGCACAUUUGUUUCUCGGAGCACGAGGCUGCGCAGAUAAUCAAGGAAAUUGCCUCCGGAUUGGAUUUUCUGCAUAAGAAGGGCAUUGCCCACCGUGAUCUCAAGCCGGAGAAUAUUCUGUGCGUGAAAACCGACUCGCUGUGUCCGAUCAAGAUUUGCGACUUUGAUCUGGGCUCUGGCAUCAAGUUCACCACGGAUGUCUCCUCGCCAGCAGCCACUCCCCAGCUACUGACACCGGUCGGAAGCGCCGAAUUUAUGGCUCCCGAAGUUGUCGACUUGUUUGUGGGCGAGGCAAACUAUUACGACAAGAGGUGCGAUUUGUGGUCCUUGGGAGUCAUUGCUUACAUCCUGCUCUGUGGCUAUCCGCCAUUUUCGGGCAACUGUGGAGAGGAUUGCGGCUGGAAUCGCGGUGAGAACUGCCGCACCUGCCAGGAGCUCCUAUUCGAGUCCAUUCAAGAGGGAUCCUUUAGCUUUCCGGAGGCUGAGUGGCACGAUGUAAGCGAUGAGGCCAAAGACCUGAUUAGUCGUCUGCUUGUCAAGCAGGCCUCUAAGCGUCUGAGCGCCGAGGCUGUGUUGAACCAUCAUUGGAUUCGUAUGUGCGAGCAUGAGCCGCCGACCAGCAGGCAGUCUGGCCGCCACAAGGCAUUGCAUACCCCAAGCAAUAUUCGACGCAAUCACCAGUCGGCGAGGGAAAUUUCGCAGUUUGCCGAAUCCGCCAUGGCCGUUAAGCGCGUGAUCUUGCAGCAUUUCUCCAUGCGCUACGACUACAUGAAGGAGCGUCCCAACAUCUACCAGCCAUCACAGGCCUACAUGGAUGCCUAUAGCGAUGAGAACUAUAAUCCCAAGCCGCCCUCUCAUUACACUCGCAAUCGUUCACAGCGCACAGCACCAGCAUCUGUGGCUGGUGUGGCUGGGGUGGCUGGGGUCUUGUCCAGCUAUGGGGGGCGUAUGUCCUCGAUUCAUGGCCAGCGGACGAGCAGCCGUCACUCUUCCAGGAAUGCUUCACGCAACGCAUCUGCGAUAUAUCCAAGCAGUGGAGGAUUCAAGACGUUGAAUGUUCACGAGGAGGACGAUGACGAUGAUGCACUCGAGGCCUUUGGACGUUUAGAUGAUGAUGACGACGAGUGGGCCAAGUCGACACGUCGCUAUCAGCAGCAGCGCGAGCUGCAGCAACAGCAGGAGGAGUCGCUCGGCGAUGAUCACGAGGAUCGCUACAGGGAGAGCGUCAGCGAGGGCGAUGAGGGAGAGAGCGAGGACUAUCAACAUUAUAAGCAUUAUUGGCGCGAGUUGGACGAAGAUGAGGGCGAUGACUAUUUGUACGAGCAGCAGCAGCAACGCGUCGAUGAUAUUGCCGAAGAGGAGGAGGAGAAUGAUGAAGAGAACGAAGAGGAGGAGAAGGAGGAAGAACGAAAUAAAUAUGCUGACAAUCGAAACCAAUUGAAAGCUAAAGUGGAACAAUUUGGCGAAGCCAAUGAAAUCGAACAGCAGCCAGAGAAUGGUUAUGAGAAAGAUCUUAUUAUGGAUAAUAUCGAAAAAUCGAAGCAAAGUGAAUUUGCUAAACUCACAACAACAACAGCAACAACAACAACAAUGCGCAAUGAUGCGCAGGAAAAUAAGAUGUGGAUAAAGGAGAGGAUGGAGAAGGAGAAGAAUACAGAUACGGAGACGGAGACGAAGGAGCAGGAUGAUGUUGAUGGAGCUGAGAAGCAAGGACCAUCAAGUGAUAUUAGUGCUACUACCAUCACCGAUAAUAACAAGAAGCAAACACCAGUUAAGACUACAACAACACACAUUAAAAACAACAUAAAAAAGCAACAAUGUGAGCAGCAGCAGCAAACUGGCGAUGAUAAUGAUGAUGAUGUUAAACUAUUGGAUAGUAUUAGUGAUUUAAAUGAAAAGCUACCUGAAAUUUAUGAGACUGCAAAUAUUGUUGUCGACUCAGCGGCAGUGCAACCAACAACAACAGCAACACCAGAAGCAGCAGCAGCAACAUGCCCACCAAUCGAUAAUAGAGAUGAUGAUGAUGAUUUGAAAGCGAUCAAAAACGCGCCAACGACGACCACUGCAGCUGCAGCUGAGGAGACAACAAUGCGAACGACUUUUGGUAAAACACACGAAAAGCAAACACAACAGCAACAGCAACAGACAGUCGUCUACAGCAAACCAACACGUAAUGUUUAUUUUGCACUCGAUGCAUAUCAGAACGACGAGGAUGCCGACAUAGACGAGGAUGAGGACGAUGACGAUGACUACGAUGAAGAUGACGAGGGAGAAGGAGAGGAUGAAAUGGAGCCACAGUGCAAUAGCUCAACAGUGUUUAAGCAACCGCUGCCAUCUAUUUCCAGUGCAUAUACACGAAAGCAGCGCCAGCGGCAGCAGCAGCAACGAUACAUUGUGCCACGGUACCAAGGUCAGGGUCAGGGUCCGGUCUCGGUUUCGGUUUCGGUUUCGGGUCAAAGGCAACCAGAAAACUGGCGCUAUCGCACUCAUCACUCGGAGCAGCAGCAGCCGGCCGCUGGCUAUCGGAGGUACCGCCCGCCCUUUAGCACUGGCGGCGGCGGUGGCCACUACGGCAACCAGCAGCGGAACUAUUUGGGUAGCUUCUCGCACAGCGGCGGUGCCGCUGGCUAUAAGGUAGCUCCAUUAAUGCAGCCACCACCGCAGCGAAACAACAGCGCUGGCAGCAGCAGCGGCAGUGGCGGCUCCCCCCCAUCCGAUGAGCAGUCAACGCUGCCAUCAUCCGAGAUCCGCAACUGGCGCCAGGACUGUGUCUAUGCAAAUGCCCCCCCAAUGCGCAGCUGUGGAAUGAAUCAGCCGCACUCGCAGUCGCGUGCCGCUGUGCAUCGGUCCCAUCAUCAACAGCACCCACGAAUUGGCAGCGGUCGCUUUGCCCAUUCACAACCGGCCCAUUUGCAGGCAGCCCAGCUGAUGGAGGAGCUGCCCAACAUCCGCAUUGGUCUUUCGCUUCCAAGCGAGAGCUUGCUGCUGCAGCGGCGUAUGCGGCAGCAACAGCGAGCCCACGAUCUGUCAGAGUAUUGUGAAGCUGCAACUGCUAGUGGAUAGGCUAGUGGCUCCAUGCCCUAUGCCGCCUUUCCGCUUUUCGAAAUGUGUAUCUUUGUUUUCAUAACUGCGCCAAAAUGCAUAGUUUUGUGGCGUUUUCUACGCACAUUCUCAAAUUCAACUUUCCAGUUCUAUAACUUUGCUUUGUUUGGUGCAACAUUUCAUUAAACCGUGAAACGCAAAAGCGAAAAAUCCUACUUAAAAUUCCGUCAUUGUAACAGAUACAAAUACAGUUACAGAUAUAAAAUUGUGGUAAGGAAGGAGCAAGAUGAUUGUAAGAGCGAAUGGAAUUGGCCUUCAAAGAGCAAUUGUCUACGCUGUUUGGAAACGAAAAGCCAAAGUCGUUCAAGAUAAAAAAACGUACUUUUUUUAUAAAAAAGAUUCAAAAAUUGUAAUUUGUAUUGAACUAUAAUUUUUUAUUAUGAAAAAUAAAAACGAAUACAAGAAGUGUUUAAGCGAGAGAUGCAUUAACAAUUUAACAUUUUUCUGUCCUAUAAUCCUGUACUAUUUCCAUGUAACUUCUGACAAUUUUUUUUGAAACCUUGUGUAGUCUCUUUAUGUUUCGAAUAACCGAUGGCAAGAGAAAGAAAUCGAGUUCAAUAAUUAUAAAGAAACACAUCCAAACAGCCACAGGCAUAGCUUAAGCGAUGACUAAGAUAUUUUCAAGAAACUCCGGCGUGCAGAUAUGUCUAUUCCAGUUUCAAGUCUGCCCUUCGUCACAUUUGUUGAAAUUUCUUGGUCCGCUACAAGCAUUCUUUCGAAAACUUUUGGAGAGUGUAUAUUUUUUUAAGCCCUGACAAAAGAAAAAGAUUCUACAUUGAAAUGUACACCCACUAACACACAACACAAAAAAAACACGAGCACUAUAGAGAAACCUAAGGGUUUUGUUCUUGACAUUUAACGAUGCUGAACAAUUUUUGCUGGGCGUAAAUAAAGGUAAAACAAACAAACAAAAGAAAUUGUGUUAAAUACAUAAUUAUAAUAAUAUUUAACAAAAAUUGUGAUAUAAAAUGUAAAUGUAAAUGCACCUGAAGAAAUCUAUCUAUCAAAUGACGCUGUGCCAUCAACAACAACAACAACAACCACACCACACUUCAAAGUACUGUUAAGGCCGCCAGAAGGAGGAGGAGGAAGUUUCCACAAUCUUUAUUUGUUUACGUCCCACAAAAUCAAUGUCAAGUGCAUCAAUCCAUCAAUACUUCUAUUUUUCCAGUAAACUGUAACUUACACUAAAAACUUCCAUCUAAAACAAAACAAAGAAAACCCAACAAAAAUACAAAAAAAAGUAUAAAAAAACUAAAAAAAUCCUUAUUAUAAAAUUUAAAAAAGGAAACGAAGAUGAAACGAUGGCAAAACAGCAUCGAGUUCGAGUUCAGUUAAAGUUGAAGAACAUACAAUUUAUAAAACGACGGCGUCCAGAACAUUUUUAACUAUUGAUCUAUUCCUACAGAAGCAAUUAGGUUUGCAUUAAAACAAUUUGAGCAUAUGGAAUCGCAUUCGUUUUUAUUGGUUAAGCUGUGAGGAAUGUUUGGCAACGAAACAAAAAACAAAACAACAAACAAAUUAACUAAGAUACGAUACUACUACACUCAUUUGAGAUGAAAUCCUUAGUUUUCGAAUGUCCGUUAAACUUACGUUACGAGUAAUCUAUUAAGCUGUUGAACACGAACCGAACCGAACCGAACCGAACACUGGUUGAGAGCUGCUUUAGAGAGAGUGUCGAAAAAAACAAGAGACCGACCGACCGACCGGACAGAGGGGAAAGUGGAGAGUAAAAGUGCAACUAAUUGAUAAAUCAACUGAAUAAUAAAAUUAAUUGAAAUGUUUGUAUGACAAAUUUGUUUAAACAUAAUUGCUGCAAGAGCUAUAAAUAAAAGGAAAAUAAAAAUGCGACAAGGAUAAAGUAAACCUUCAACAAACGAAAGAGUCGAUAUUGUUUUAUACAUAAAAAAAAGUCAAUAAAAAUGCAAAAUAUACAAAAUGUUAA